GGGGGCGGUGCUUCCGGGGCGGGCAGCCGGGCCGAGGGAGGAGGGUCUGACAGUUGGCGCCGCCGGGGAGGGAGGGCGGGCGGCGCGAGUGGGCGCGGGCAAGGAGGGUCAGAAAGUCAGCGCUGGAGAUGGGCUUUUAAUGAAGGAGAGAGGCAAUUGAGUCCAGCAGGGUGACCUCUGCAGCUGUAGGGAGAGGAUACCAGUACUCAAAGGCUUCUGGCUCCCAGGAGCAGCACCAGGGCCAGGGAGACAAUGGUCUCAGUGACUAUGGCCACUUCCGAGUGGAUCCAGUUCUUUAAGGAAGCCGGCAUUCCUCCCGGGCCUGCUGUCAAUUACGCCGUGAUGUUUGUGGAUAAUAGGAUCCAGAAGAGCAUGCUGCUGGAUCUCAACAAAGAGAUCAUGAAUGAGCUGGGCGUGACUGUGGUGGGCGACAUCAUCGCCAUCCUCAAGCAUGCCAAGGUGGUGCACCGCCAGGACAUGUGCAAAGCUGCCACUGAGUCCGUGCCCUGCAGCCCCAGCCCCCUCCCAGGCGAGAUUCGCCGAGGCACCUCCAGCGCUGCCUCUCGAAUGAUUGCUAACAGUCUGAACCGUGACUCCCCACCCGGCACUCCACCGAGGCGGCCGGACACCAGCACCUCCAAGAUCUCAGUCACCGUGUCCAACAAGAUGGCAGCGAAGACUGCCAAGGCUGCUGCAGCCCUGGCCCGCCGCGAAGAGGAGAGCCUGGCCGUUCCCACCAAGCGGCGCCGGGUCACUGCCGAGAUGGAGGGGAAAUACAUCAUCAACAUGCCCAAAGGCACCACCCCCCGGACCCGUAAGAUCCUGGAGCAGCAGCAGGCGGCAAAAGGUCUCCACAGGACGUCCGUGUUCGACCGCCUCGGCGCCGAGACCAAGGCAGACACGACAACAGGGAAUAAACCCACAGGAGUCUUCAGCCGCCUGGGGGCCACCCCAGAGAUGGACGAGGAUCUGGCUUGGGACAGCGACAAUGACAGCAGCAGCUCUGUCCUGCAGUAUGCCGGGGUCCUGAAGAAGCUGGGCCGGGGCCCAGCCAAGUCCAGUCCCCAGCCAGCACUGACUGUCAAAGCUAAGGCCACAAGUUCGGCCACAACGGCUGCCACCCCAACACUGCGGCGCCUGGCCCUUUCCUCACGCCCUGGACUCGAGAGGAAGCCAGAGUCCCUGUCCAAAGGCAGCAUCAUCCAGAGACUGGGCAAGGCUGCCCUUGUGCCUGAGGCCCAGGACAGCCAGGUCACGAGCACCAAGAGUAAGUCCUCAGCCGAGGUCAAGGUCACCAUUAAGAGGACUCUGGUGGGGCCCCGGGGGAACAGCUCCAGCGAGGGCCUGGGUGCCCAGAUGGACCAUGCGGGCACAGUGAGCGUGUUCAAAAGACUGGGCCGCAGGACCUUCUAGCCUCUGGGCGGGGCGCAGUCCCCUCUCCAGGCUCCUGGCUCCGGCAGAGGCUCCAGUGAGGGCGCGCCCCAACCCUCUGCCGGCUUCCGGAUGACACUGCUUGUCUCCCUCGGCAUUGGAGCCGGCCCGAGCUUUCUGGGGACUCACCCCAGUUUUCUGAGUCUGAGAUGGUCGUUGUGACCUGGCCUUGCCGCUCCGGUCUUUCCUUUCUCUCACGUCCUCUGUUCUCUCCUCUCUGACUGUGGCCUUGGCAGGGCACACUCCUCUACCUCUCCCAGAGCCAAGUGCCCUUUUCCCUCCCCCAUUCCCCUUCCUGCCUCUCAGCAGCAUCUGCUGCCUCAGCCCCAGCUCCUCAGCCUUCCAGUCCCCCAGAGCGGGUAUCACCUGGCGGGGCCGACUUCCCGACUUCCCGACUUCCCCUCGCCCCUCUGCCCCGUCCCCCUGCUACUUUAACUUCUCGGUCUCUCCCUCUCUUCAUGCUGUUCAUUUCUCUUCUGUUUUCUGUCCCUGUGGCAAGGCCCGACUGUGCGCUGCGUCCUGCCUGACCCUCCUGCGCCUCCGGCCUCCCAGCGGCCCCGUCGACGGUGGCGUCGAGCCUGUAGAGACUGUUAGCCGCCCUCGCUCCCAGACCCUGGGCUGCAGCAGGGCCCCUCUGUUUUCCGGCCCUGGGCGUCUUUUUCUCUGAAAGCCUGUGGCGGGUGGCGAGCAAGGGUCACCGGGAAGGGAGGCCAGUGCCGAGAGAGAAGAAAACAGCUGUUUUAAUAUAUUUUUGUGGCUUUCAAACUGUUUCCCUCCCCUCCUUCAGGGUGAGUCACAGGGUUGUUUUUCACACAAAGCACAAUGUGGGUGGGGGUGCCAGUGAGGGGUUGGGCUCUGUCUCUGAAGGUCAAGGCUCCACGUGGGCCAUGUCUUUGCUGCAGGCCCCUAGUGGAAGGGAGUAAUGGUCACGGUCCCCGUUCAGUUGGGCUUCCUCUCCCCAUCAACCCACUGCGCUGGUCCUGCCUCUGUGUCUGUCCCCCCACCGUAUAUUUCACCUGUGCCUGCCAUUCUGCCUGUUGGCAGCUUUCCAGAUUGCUGGCUUCCUGGUGAGGCAGCUCCUGCCGAUUUGAUCACACACCCAUUCACUGCUGCACAGCCCCUACCCUGUGCCAGGCCUGUUUGAGGAGCUAGGGAUCCGUUGGGAGCAAGGCAGACAAGCUCCCGCCAGCACGGCUGACCUCUCUGGCCAGGGAGAUGGCGGUAAAGUGACCAUGCUGUCGGAAGAAUGGGAGUGAGGAGCAGAGGCGACCAAGGCCUCUUCAGAAGUUGGGGGUAAGAAGGCCUUUUAAGAGGAGGUGAGGCAAGGGCUGAGCCGGGAACGAUCAGAAGCGGCUGCGUGAAGUGCAGGAGGAGAGUGUUCGGCCGAAGACAAGGCCAGGGCAGAGGUUGAGCGAGGAGCAGGGAGAGGCCAGGGGGCCGUCAGGCGUCAGGUGAGCCAGGGGCUGAACGAGGGGCCUGCCAUGUAGCACAGGUGGGGGCAGGUGGGCGGGGACCAGGUGACUUAGGGCUUUGUGAUUCAUGGUGAGGAAUUGGACAUCUUCCCUACUCUCUGAGAAGUUGGGGAGGGUAAAGCUGGCAAGGGAUGGUCUGAAUUACCUUUUGUGAAGGUGGCUUUGGCCCCUGUGAGGAGGAUAAAUUGUCGGGAGGCAGCCGUACAGGAACUGGGGCAAGAAAGGAAGGUGGUGUGGGGUGACGCGUGGGGAGGAGGAAGGUGAGUGGGCUUCGGUGGAGCAGUGGGCAGCGCGGAUGGACGGGAAGCUGGGGUGCGGGGAGCAGGGGUCACCUCGACACCGGAGCAUCUAGCCAGAGGUGCCGUUUGUGGAAACCAGGAGGCUGGGGGUAGAGGAGCGGGGGUGGGAGGGCACGUGGCCGCUGGGGCUUGAGGGGGCCACCCGGGGAGCUUCGAGGAGCGACACCAGCCUGAAGGGAGCAUAGAGACAGGAGAGGGCCCAGAUGGGAAUUGGGGGCCCUUUUCCCAUUUAGAGACCAGGACUGAUAGGAUUAGCGGGAGUGGUCUGGGGGUUGGGAGGCCUAAGAGCAGGUGAGCAUGAGAUUAGACGUCACCCAUUUUUUUUUUUUUAUUGUGAUAAAAUAAACCUAACGUAAACUUGACGAUCUUAACCAUCUUAAA